AAGCAGACACAAACAAACAGAGGGAGAGAGAGAGCGAGGGAGAGGAAGAGAGAGACUGGUGGCACAUUUGAAGCGCACAUUAAGAGCAGUGCGUAAACGGCCGUGGAAGGCGUAAGAAGAAACAACACUCGUGAUUGUGGUGAGUUUUCUUUGAGGGAUUUUCCGACAGUGGAAGUUGUUCAUUAGAGUGACAGAGAAGACAAGCUUCCGUGGAUCUUUUUUUUUCUUGAAUGGGUUUCACCGGGAAGGGAAGCUGCUCCUCGUCCGGGGGAAGCUGUCUGACUGGCGGCGUGGAAAUGCUCGACUCGGGCGCGGAGUGAACGAGACGCCUGGCAAAAACUACUAAAUCUAUUUUUUUCUCCUUUUCCUUCAAGUUUUUCUUGUUGUUCAAAUCAAGGAACAUGGAGGUGAGCAGCUUCCAGCCUCACCCCGGACUUCAGCAAACUCUGAAGCAGUUCCAUCUGAGCUCCAUGCGCUCCCUGAGCGGACCGGCGUCGUUCUCCGCCCGCUGGCCGCACCAGGAGUCCCUGUUCAAGGACCCCAAAGCCGAGCUGGUGCUCAGCCUGCCGGCCCACACCCCGCCGCUCAUGUCCGGGCCGCUCUUCAUCCCGUCGGACCGCUCCACGGAGCGCUGCGAGACGCUUCUGGAGCGCGAGCCCAUCUCCUGCUUCGUGGUGGGCGGCGAGAAGCGGCUGUGCCUGCCGCAGAUCCUGAACAGCGUGCUGCGGGACUUUUCCCUGCAGCAAAUCAACUCGGUGUGCGACGAUUUGCACAUUUACUGCUCCCGCUGCACGGCCGACCAGCUGGAGAUCCUCAAAGUGGUGGGCAUCCUGCCCUUCUCGGCGCCCUCCUGCGGUCUCAUCACGCAGACGGACGCCGAGCGUCUGUGCAACGCGCUCAUCUACGGCGGUUCGUACCCACCUCGCCGCGGGGGAGGAGGCAAGGAGCGCGGUGGCACCAGCGGCGGAUGCCGCGGCGGUGCCCUCCCGGAGCUGGAGCGCACCGAGGCCAGCUUCCGGGUGUACCACGAGUGCUUCGGCCGCUGCAAGGGCUUACUUGUGCCGGAGCUUUACUCGGGCCCCGGGGCAGCCUGCGUGCAGUGCCUGGACUGCAGGCUCAUGUUCCCUCCCAAGAAGUUCGUGGUGCACAGCCACAAGCGGCUGGAGAACCGGACCGUGCACUGGGGCUUCGACUCGGCCAACUGGCGGGCCUACGUACUGCUGGACCCGGACUACGGCGGCAAGGAGGAGAAAGCGAGGCUGGAGCAGCUGCUCAGGGACUUUAAGGGCAAAUAUGACUUGAGCGCCAAGAUGGCCGUGAAGACGUGUAGAUCGCCGAGUCCUGUCACAGCCAAGCGACCCAAACUGGAAAAAUUGCAAUCUCCGUCAGCUGACGAGGAACGCAAAGCCGAGUGGUUGCAGGCUUUGUCCAGGUCCACGCACAAGGAGCUGAAACAAAUCCAGCUCAAGCAGAGACCUUCAGCGUUCCGGCCUUGGUCUCCAAAAGGCUCGGAGCGAGAGAAAGGAGCAGUUCAGAGCCAGCAGGAGAGAUGUAAUUUAAAGAGUCAGGAGACUUUGGCACAAGCUCCAGCAAAUCUUCUGGUACUUCCUGGAGAUAGCUAUGCUCCUGGCAGGGGGACUCCGACGAUCCAAGGAGGGCAAAAUGGCACAUCCCAUCGCGACGAUAUGGACACGGAUGGAGAGAUUGAUGUGGAUGACUGUGAUGAUCGUCCACUGCCAGCAUCUUCCCUGGCUUCACCCCCCUCAGCAUGCAGCAGUACCCCUCAAACUCAAACCCCCCAGACCAGGGGCAGCUCUCCACCUCGGGAGGCGCCGACCUGGCUGUCAGGACCCAUCUGCCCCGAGGUAGACGCUCUCAGACAGACGCUGUACGCUGGUGUGGACACCAAAGAGGCUCGAGAGAAACUCCUGCAGGAGGUGGUCAAGAUGAGGCUGAAGCAAGAAGAGAAGCUGGCCGCCGCCGUACAGGCAAAACGUAGCCUUCAGCAGGAAUUGGAGUUUGUGAAGGUGGCCAAGAAGGGCCGCCUCCGCGAAGCUGUGGAGGCAAAAAGGAACCUCCGAAAGGAGAUCGAGCGCCUCCGCGUGGACUGGGAGAGAAAGACCAGAGAAGCGGAGGAAGCGUGCGGCAGGCUCAAGAAAGAACUGGAACAUGAGAGGAAGCAGAGAGGCUGCGACAAAGGAUGCGAGGCCGAGCGACUUCGCGUCAAGUAUUCCGCACAGAUGGACGAGCUGCACUCUCAGCUGCAGCAGGCCGAGGCGGACCGCGACCAGCUGCGUCGGGAACUACGGCAGGAACGAGAGGCACGCCAGAACCUUGAAACCGCCGUUCGAGACCUGCAGUCCCAGCUGGCGGCUCAGGACACUACGCCUCAAAGUGCUCCGUCCUAAAGUGGAGACAAAACGGACGUACAAUCAAUUAAAAGAGUACUUUUAUGGACGUAUGAUGAAUCAGUAAGAUGGGCAAUUUUUAGGAAAUGAAAACUGGAUAAGGAAGCAUGAUGUCCAGAACUCCAUGAGUGACUGUUUUGUUAUAAGCUAAUUGGAGAGAGGCCACAUCACACUUACUUGAAUAUGAAGGGAACGGUCACACAGUCAACAAUGGUGCCACAAAAGUAUUGGUACACUCCAAGGUGUCGCUGCAAACCACUGGACCCAAGAGACACCUGUUUACCACUAUUCACUUUUAAUAUCAGCUUGCUUUUUUAUAUAAAUAAAUAUGAAUAUAACUGUGUAGAGGAUGAACUUUUAAAGAUAUUAUAUUUGUUGUAUAUUCCAUAGGCAAGAAAAGCAGCCACAUACCAACGUGUACGCAUUUAAAGCUGAAGUAUUGGAUGCAUUUUUUCAUAAAUAUAUAAUAUAUGACUUCAGCCUAUAUAUCUUCUUGUACAUUCUUAUUUUUCAAAAUAUGCCUAUCAGCAAUUAACGCUUCAAAGUUACAAAAGAAAUGAUAAGGCAGUUUUUUUUUUCCUUCGGAAUGCGGUACCUCUGGGGUUGUUUUUGUAUUUAGUACUGUAAUUACAUUUAUACGGCUCAUUUGAAAGCAUUCGUUUUUAGGGCUCUUAAAUAAACAAAUGGCGUUUAUAUGAACAGCAUUUCUACGUAUAUAAAAUGAGAAGCGAGCAAAUAUUUUUUUACUUUAGGAAAAAAAAACAAGGAAUUGCACUUUUGAAACAAACCUCGCAUUGCUCCCCGUUUCGUGAUACAGACAAGUUAAAAUGAAACACUCGUUCCCUCAUGCGCUGAUGUAAAUACGAGAAUAUUGUAAAUAAGAUUUUGUCGCUUGCUCCUGUUUUUUUUGUUUGUUUGUUUGUUUGUUUGUUUGUUUUGCUCUUACUUGAAACCAAAAAGAACCUAUAUUGGGAUUUUCAAAGUAUCACACCAAUGGGGCAUUCAGCAGACUUGGAUGAAACUAAACUAAGUCCCCUUUGAUUGUUUAUUUGAGAUGAAUAGAGUAUAUAAAAUAUAUAUAUUGACGCCACUGACCAAAAAACUGAAAGACAAUUGAAAUGUUUGUACCUGCAACUUGGAUGUAGAGUAGAAACCGAGCCUUCUUUUGGUGUUCUCGCCUAGUUUAGACAAGAAACACGUGUAUGUCUUAUCAAUUCCAUCAUCAUGUUACCUUGGCUCACUGUUUAUUGGGUACAGUGUUAUAUAGCACUCAGAAUUUUCUUACUGUAGCUCAUGCUCUUGUAGUUUUGGUUUGGAUGUAGGCCUUCACCUCUUUUUGUUUUAUUUUUCCCUUUGGAAAAUGUGUAUAUUACCAAUUAAAAAUCUAAGUCAAUCAUCAA